UUCAGUUGGGUAGUUGGAUGAGAGUGCUGAGUGCUCCCAGUAAACCAUGUGUGACUGUCUUCCCUCCAGCUCCCUCUACUUUGCUGUCACCAAAUUUCAACAAUUAGGGUUUCCCAAAUCCAAUCACAGACCACAAAGCCAACAAGAUCCUCACUUUUCUACCCCAAAUUGCUUGCACCCAUCAAAUUCCACUAAUUCGAACUCCCCAUCUCUUAGAAAUGCGAGGUCUUUGUGCCUGAGCAGAAGGCCCAGUCAGAGCCCAUCAGAGGCUUCUGGGUUUCCAACCCAAUUAGGGUUUAAGGAGGAAAGCGAAAACCUUUUCGACCUGGAAUCGAAACCAAGUGAUGAAACGCAAAAUGGGGUUGGACCCAGUAAAGAAGCCGAUGCUACUUCAUUGGGUUCAGAUUUUCUGGAACCAAAGAGUAGUGAAGGCGAGGUUUUGGAGAAGGAGGAGGGAUUGAAGCGCGUUGAUGGCAAUGUUGGGUUGAAGAAAGUGAGGCAGCUGAUGAAGAGGUCCGGUAUUCUAGCCAAGCAAGUGAUCAAUAUUGAAAGUGCUCUCAGCUUGGGCUUUGUUUCACAGCUUUGGGUCAAUACCACUUCUUGGAUGGUAAUUUUUGUAGAAGUGAGGAGAAACUUGCUUUCAGGGGAGUGUGAACGUUUUCUUCUGGAGGAUGUUAUCCAGGUUGGUGAUGUUGUGCUUGUAGAGGAUGAGAGUGUGAUUGAGAAUGAAUUCAAAAUGGUUGGAUUGGAAACAUUGGUAGGAUACGAAGUUGUAACACCAGGUCGACGAACUAUCGGAAAGGUGCGGGGAUAUAGUUUUAACAUCAAUUCAGGGGCUGUUGAAUCACUUGAGCUUGAUUCAUUUGGCAUUGCAAUUAUCCCGUCAAGUUUGGUGAGUACAUAUGCUUUGUUUGUCGAGGAUGUGCUUGAAGUUGUAUCUGAUGCGAUCAUUGUGCAUGAAGCUGCAGCGUCUCGCAUAUACAGGCUAACCAAGGGUUUCUUGGACAACCAAAACGCUGCAACUUGCAUAGAUGACAUUGAAGAGUACUCUGACUUUGAAAGACCUGUAGAAUCUGAUAAGCGCUCAAGAAGAAGUUCUGGUAACCAGAAGUUCCGUUCUCGGAAAAGCAAGACCGAUGAUGAGUGGGAGCCGGAGCUCCCAAUGGAUUACUUCUGAGCUCUGAUCAUCGGGGACUUCGUUUUCUUGUUGUAGAUAUAUACAUAGAUGAUAGUAGGUCUGUCUGUGGUAAUGCAUUCAAAUGUAAUAUAUCUGAGGUUAAGAUAAUAGUGAAUGGCAGCGUCAAACAUAGUAGAACUGUUUGGUUUGUAGGUUCUCUUACAGAAUUAAUAGUUAAAUUUUUGAAAUGGUGCCAUUACUGUGA